GUAUAAAAAUGAAAAAACUCUUUUUUUUUUAAUGAAGAAAUUUAAAGGUUUAAUUAUUCUAAAAUUCUAAAAUAAAUAUUAAUAAAUAAAUAAAUCAAAUUCUACAUUCUAAAAUAAAUUUCUAAUCUAAAGUCCUCACCAGAUUUCAAACCUUCAAAGUCUCCCGCCUCUCUCUCUCUCCCUCUCUCUUGCUUUCUCUCUCUUGAAGUUACAGAGGAAAAACCAUGGAGGAUGUUUUUAGUGAAUUAGAUUCUGUCAAAGAUGAGUUAAAGAAACUUAAGGCUGAAUGCAAAAUUAAGACAGAGCUCUCUGAGUGCUUGAAGAAAGUCCAUAAUGAGCAAUUACUCAAAUUUGAAGAAGCUAAAAAGUUGAUUGAAAAACAGUCUCAAGAACUGAAGGACAAGUAUGAAGAAGUUGCUGAAGCUAGAGAACUUUCUGAGAAGCUUGAAUCUUGUUUGCAAGAAAAGGAUUUGUCAUUAAGGCAUUUGGGUUCUCUGAAUGAGAAAGCCAAAUAUGAUUUUGAGCAGAAGUUGAGAACUUUAGAAGGGGAAAAUAGAGAUUUGGUAUCUUGUUUAGAUGAAAUGACUGCGAGAAACAAAGAAUUCGAGAAGGAUGUGUAUGCCAGUAGGAACAAGAUUGAGGCCUUUAAAAAGCUUUUGUUGGAUAAGGAGAAGAAGUGUAUUGAAGCUCAGCAAAUGGCUAAAGAGUGUAACGAAUCGAGAGACAGAGAUGAGAUGCUAGUUAAACUGGCGGAUGAAAAUGAGUGUGUUCGGGAUCAGUUGAAGUGGAAGAAGGAGAAACUUAAUCAUCUUGAAGAAGCUCAUAAAAGAGUUCGACAUGAGUUUGAGAUGAGCAAAGAGAAUUGGAAGAGGGAAGAAAUGGCAUUGAUUGAAGAAAUUUCGAAGUUGCAGACAAAGUUUAAUUGCCAAACUAUAAUGUUGGAAUGUCUACAAACACGUUUGGAGAUGUGCAACCAUGCUUUAGCUCGAGAAGAAAGCAAGAGGAAAUCCCUGGAGGUUCGGGUUUCUGAUUAUGAAUUGCGUUUUGAGAAUGCCUUUGUCCAGGUUCAAGAAGAAAAUUUAGAGAUACAAAGAAUGACUGCCCAAAGAAAUGAAGAGAUUGCAAUGUUAAGAACCACACUGGCAGCAAAGGAGACAUUUGCGAAGGAAGUGGAAUUUAAAACUGUGCACCUUGAGCGAGAGAAUGAGGAACUGACAGAAUCACUAAAAGAACUUCAGGAGGCUCAAAUCAGAAAUGCUGGGAACACUACUUUUGCAAAAAUGCAUAACAAGCUUAGACACUUGGAACAGGUACACGCCAUCUGUUCUGAAAAAUUGAAAGCAAAAGAGGUUGAAUGGCUUUCCGAGAUGGAAAAGAUUAAAGGAAAUGUGAUUAGUUGUAAAUCUGAAUUGAAGUAUAAGGAUGAACAAAUAAAGAAGCUUCAGAUGGAGCUGGAAAGUUGUUGUUCUACAACUCAGUUGUUAAAUGAAGAGAUUCAAAUAAUAUUAGCAUUUUUCAAAUCAGAAAUUUCAGAGGCAUACUCCAAAAUAUAUGAUAUGAAAGAUGAAAUGAAGCUGUUUAACAAAGAGAAGGCUCAGUUGGAUAUGAGUUGCAGUGCUCUAGAGGAUGUUCAUCCUAAAUUUGAGGAAGAACAGAAGAAUGUAGAAGGCUUAGCAGAGAGAGUGGAUUCACUGGAACAUAUUGAACAACCACCAUUUCUUAAAGAUGAAGAGCUUGAAAGACAUAAAAAGUUUGUUGAGGAAUGUUCUGUGUCCCAACUUCACUUGAAAAAUCACUGUAUUCAGAUGGAAAGUUGUCUCAACAAUGAUCCACAAAAUCUUUGUGAGGCACUGACAAUGGAAAAUGCUCAGCCAAAUGCAGACAUUGAUGAAGUAACUCAGUCAGACGCUUUUGGAGAAGAAGAAGAAGAAGUCUAUAGACAAAUGAUGAAUUGCCUUCUUGUACAAGAUGAAAUGACAGACAUGUAUAAGAGAGAGAGCGAGAGGCUCACCCGAAUAUUCCAAGAGAAAGACAUGAAACUUAAAGAUCUCCAACAGCAGGUUGAAUUACUGGAAACCAAAUUAGCAGCAGAAGCAGAAAAAAUGGCAGCCUGCUUACAAGAUAACCAGAAUCAAGCCCAAGUUGCAAAAGAAGAAAGUAUUGGCAGAGAAAAUCUGCUAAAGCAAGAGUUCAGAAGAGAAUUAGAAGCUGCAACCGUUGCACGGUUAGAUGCAGAGAGAGUGCUUUUCAAGGUUACCAAUGAGAAAGACGAUGCCAUAAAAAAUCUCAAGUUAUUGGAAGCAUCACUGGAACAAGACUUCACAAAUUUAGCUGCAUCCUUUUUUUCAGAUGUUGUAGAAAAUCAGGUAAAGAUUGAUGUGCUUAUUGAGGCAUUAGAGAAGGGGAAUGUCACAGAUAUUAGUACUGAAGACAAGGACAAAGAAAGUUUGAUGGAUAAACAGAGGAGUUUGGAGCAGUUAUGCAAGCAGCUUGAAUUUGAUAAAGAAGUUCUCCUUCAAGACAUCACGAAGUUAUCAACUGAAAAGGAAACCUUAAUGGUUUAUGCUCAAAAAAUUUGUGACAGUGUUGGUCAGCUUUCCAGUGAGGAUGUAGAAAUGAUGAAGGUCUUGGGGAACAUGUUGCCAAUGUCAAAUGAAGAGAUUCCAACAGAAAUGUAUUCGAUUGUGCCUGAUGAAAGUUGCGAAAUUACCGGAGAGAAUGCUACAACAAAGAAACUUGAAUCAAGUAGCAAUGAAAGAUCACCACUGAAGGAGGUCAACCAGAGACAAAUAUAAGAAAGAAGAAUGAAUCCUAAGCAACCUUGUAGUAUGUUGGACAGUUAUACCUGCUAGUGUUUUGAAAAAGAUGUGUUAUAAUUUCACCUUUAUGGAUUCUUUAUAUUCUCAUAUAAUAAUGGAUAUUCCUCAAGGUUCUGAGUACACCUUUUGGGUUGGUCUAUUUGCAUCAACAAACUCUGAGACUGAGCUGCUUGCUUGGCUAUAUGGAAGAUUCAUUAUUUUGUAAAUCCCUGUUGUAUUCAUUGUUUAUUAAAUAUAUGUAAUUAUACUGGAUUCAAACUUCAAUUAUUGUAAUUUA